AAAAUGUCGGUCAAACCGAUGCGACUGCUGGAGAAGUACGACCUUCUGCUCGAUCACCUGGACUUCGAGUAUAUCCGGCAGUGUGGCAAUGGGCGAGAGCUGGAAAACAUCCUCAAAGUGCUGCGCUCCGGCGAGGAAGGUCACUUUCCGCAGCUUACUUCGUUUGCCGAGGAACGGCUUCGGACGGUGCGCCCGGACAGUAAACUCUUGCGCAAGGAGCAACCACUGGCGACAUCGUACACGUUGCCGGACGAACAGUGGAGCACCAUUUCGUCGCAACUACAGCAAUGGCAGGACGAAAUGAAGCAACUUGGAGCCGGCCUUCGAGCCAUGGCAAUGGAGGAUGAAGAGCAAGAGCAGUAUCUCCCACCAAUCAGACAGAUUACAUCAUCGGAACCACAAGCCGGGGUCACGAAACCCAAGCAACCAGUGGAGCGAAUCCGGUCCUGUGACUACGACAAGUGGGAUCAAUACGAUCCCGAGGCGGAAAUGUUAAAGAUGGAUCUGGACGAGGAACGUCACCGGGAGUUUGUGCUGUUGCAGAACCAAAAGAAUGCCGCUGCGAGUGCUGCGGCACCGAAAAUUAUUGAACUGGUACCGGAACCCAAGCUGUCGGAGCAGGAGAAGCAGGUACUGGCGGGGAAGAUGCGUGAGAAGGGGAAUGAUUUCUUUCGCGCCAAAGAGUACAGUGAAGCCGCCGAUGAGUAUGGCAAAAGUUUGGACAUUCUGCCGACGGCUACUUGCUUUAACAAUCGCGCGAUGGCAUAUAUUAAACUGCACCGCUACAAAGAAGCAAUAGCCGACUGCGAUCAAUGUCUCUCCCGUGAACCGGAGAACGUAAAGGCUCUCCUGCGGAAAGGCCAAGCCUUGCUGGCAAGUGAUAACCGGCGUGAGGCAUAUCGAGUGUUUUGUGUGGCACUGAAGCACGACCCUAGCAACAAGGUGGCACUCAGCAAUACCGCUCAGCUACGGAACCAACUACCCGAUCUACCGCCACCGAACGCAAUCCGGAUGACCAUCGAAGAGGUCAGCAGCAGCAGCAGCAGCAGCAGCAGCAACACUUUGGCUGACGAAAUCGAUUUCAGCGCUCUCAUCAAACCGAAAAGGCUGAUCAAGGAUCGGCUCCCCGAGGCGCUCAAGCGGCUGCAGACGGACGCGAGCAACUUCAUUCGCCAUGCCGCUCAAGAGCGAGAAGCGGCAGCCGAAGAACCGGUUAUAUCGUUGGAUAUCGAUCGUCCAAGAUCUCACCAGCACCGCCGACGGCCACUCAUCGAGGAACUGUAACGCGGGGAA